AUGUCAAUUGCCAGCAGAACAGUGUCUGGGACAUUGUUGGUAAAUAUUAUUUUGUACAAUGCAUGAGGUGGCAUCUGAUUGGAAUGGGAGGUGAGGGGACAGGAUGAGGCUCUCUUUUCUGACCUGGGCUAUCAGCUGGUGGUGCCACUCUAGGGAGGCCGGAUGAUGUGGUUAGUUGGGGACACGUUGAGCUAAACACGCAAAUGAAACUUUGUCUCUCCCAACUUCCUACAUCAGGAAGGCUCGACAGGGGCUGGGACAGCGUUGGAGGCAGCUGGCCCGGCGACCUGGGGGGCACUGGGCUGCGUGUCCAGCUAUAGGCAUAGACCAAAAAUACAGACACACUGAGGCACCCGCUUGUUUGCAAAAGCCCAGCUCCGCACGCAAACCUGGACCUUUUGCACCCAUCCAACGAGGCUUCCGCCGCUCCUGUCGCUCCAUGUCUACCCCCACGCUCCGUUAGAGACUGGCCCUUUAAGAGCCCCGCCUCCGACUCCCCUCCCCACCCCCCUCGCGUGACUGUAUCGGACCGAGCCUGGCCAGAGAGUUGGGCGUCUGGGUGGCUGCGCGGGCCUCCGGGCCCUUCUCACGCAACUCCUGGGCACCGCGCCCCCGGCCAGGUGGGGCGGGGAUGGGCCGCGUGACCUCUGCCCCCUGGAGGGAUGUAUCAGACACAGGCACGCUAGCCUGGGGAGGCAUCGGCACGGGACUCCCUCCCUCUUUGGUCCCGGGGCCCCCUCUCUUGCCCGGCCCUCCCUCGCCGCCCAAUUUCUCAGCGAUGCCAAAGCGGGAGCAACCCGGGAACCUCAAGGGCCCGUGGGUCCUGGCUGGAAGUGCCCUUGGUUUGCAGCAUUCCAAAGUGGCCCUAGAGGCAGCUCAACGUGUCCCCGCUAGUGCGCGCUCAGUGAGAUUGCACAUUCUCCGUCCAUUACUACCGCUCUGUCAGGGAGCACAGACUUCUGCUAGUGGCCCAGUCUCUGGGGACUUUGGGGGAAGGGGCCAGCCCAUCGGCGCCUCGGCCUUCCGGUCCUGGCGACCUCGGGGCUGGGGUCGCCACGCUUCUCACGCGAGCCAGAAAUCAAUAACCCAGGUUAGGAGGUCUUCAGCCGGCAGCUCCACCCCUGCCUGUGUGGCCCUUGCUACUAGAGAGAGGGAAGCAUUUACAUGCCCAGUGUUCAGUGAGUGCAAAAAUCAGGGUGAGGGGUUGUCUUGCCCGGGGCUGGGGCCACCCCAUCACCCAAUAGCCUCUCUUUUGGGCUAUCCUGGGACUUCUGAAAACCCCUGCUCAGCAGGGCUCUGCAGCUGUUCAUGGGGUACCUUAGAACUGGGGGUCCCAGGUGUCUGUAGCGCUCACCUUCUUAACUGCCAGCACUUGAAUGAGGCAUCCCCCUGGUGUGUUCUUAUCUAUGUCCCUGUGUCCUUCCCCACGCUCCCCCCUCCAUCCUGAGAAGACCGUCCCCCCCAACCCCAGGCUGCCCCUCCCUCUGUCCCAUCCCAGAGCUCCAGGGGGCGUGGCCACACGCAAAAGCUGCCUAUAAAGGUGGCAGUGCCUUCAUCCUCACCCUGAAGGUGACAGUUCCUUGGGGCCUUCCUUGAUCUUCUUUGGGGUCCCUGGCUCCAGAGACCACCCUUCCUAGCUCAGCUCUGCAGCCCUCAGAGCCGCAGCAGCCACCUUGGAAUCUCUACGCCGAUCAUGUUCUCUGUGUUUGGACUCCCCAUCCCCAUCUCAGCCACAGGGCUGCUCCUGGCCUCUGCCAUCUUCUGCCUUGUAUUCUGGGUGGUCAGGACUUGGCAGCCUCAGGUCCCCAAAGGCCUGAAGAGUCCACCAGGGCCCUGGGGCUGGCCCCUGCUCGGGCACGUGCUGACCUUGGGCAAGAGCCCACACCUGGCCCUGGCGAGGCUGAGCCAGCGCUAUGGAGACGUGCUGCAGAUCCGCAUUGGCUGCACCCCUGUGCUCGUGCUCAGCGGCCUGGACACCAUCCGGCAGGCCCUGGUGCGGCAGGGCGACGAUUUCAAGGGACGGCCCGACCUCUACAGCUUCAGUCUGAUCUCUAAUGGCCAGAGCAUGACCUUCAACCCAGACUCUGGUCCAGUGUGGGCCGCCCGUCGGCGCCUGGCCCAGAAGGCUCUUAACACCUUCUCCAUUGCCUCAGACCCAGCUUCCUCCUCCUCCUGCUACCUGGAGGAUCAUGUGAGCAAGGAGGCCGAGUGCCUCCUUGGCAAGUUCCAGGAGCUGAUGGCAGGGCAUGGGCACUUCGAUCCCUACAAGUAUGUACUGGUGUCAGUAGCCAAUGUCAUCUGUGCCAUAUGCUUUGGUCAGCGCUAUGACCAUGACAACCCAGAGCUGCUUAGCCUUAUCAACCUGAGUAAUGAGUUUGGGGAGGUGACUGCAGCUGGGAACCCAGCCGACUUCAUCCCUAUCCUCCGUUACCUGCCCAACACGUCCCUGGAUCUCUUCAAAGACCUGAAUCAGAAGUUCUACAUCUUCAUGCAAAAGAUGGUCAGGGAACACUAUAAAAUCUUUGAGAAGGGGCGCAUCCGGGACAUCACAGACAGCCUGAUUGAGCACUGUCAGGACAAGAGGCUGGACGAGAAUGCCAAUAUCCAGCUGUUGGAUGAGAAGAUUGUGAACGUUGUCAUAGACCUCUUUGGAGCUGGGUUUGACACAGUCACAACCGCCAUCUCCUGGAGCCUCAUGUACCUGGUGACAAAUCCCAGCAUCCAGAGAAAGAUCCAGGAGGAGCUGGACACGGUGAUCGGCCGGGCGCGGCGGCCCCGGCUCUCCGACAGACCCCAGCUGCCCUAUAUGGAGGCCUUCAUCCUGGAGCUCUUCCGACACACCUCCUUCGUUCCCUUCACCAUCCCUCACAGUACCACAAGAGACACAAGUCUGAAUGGCUUUUACAUCCCCAAGGGGCAUUGUGUCUUUGUGAACCAGUGGCAGAUCAACCAUGACCAGAAGCUGUGGGAUGACCCCUCUGUGUUCUGGCCAGAACGGUUUCUCACUGCCGAUGGCACCAUCAACAAGGCACUGGGUGAAAAGGUGAUCCUGUUCGGCUUGGGCAAGCGGAAGUGCAUCGGUGAAACCAUUGCCCGCUUGGAGGUCUUUCUCUUCCUGGCCAUCCUGCUGCAGCAAGUGGAGUUCCGCGUGACCCCUGGUGUGAAGGUGGACAUGACCCCCAUCUACGGGCUGACCAUGAAGCAUGCCCACUGCGAGCAUGUCCAGAUGCAUGUGCGCUCUUAGGCGGCGGAAAGCCCUGCAACCUAGACUUUCUCCUGCCUGUCUAGGCAGCCAGGCCAGGGGACUGACCUGCGGGACCUGAGCUUUAGCCCAAAGCCCACAGAUACUGUCUGGCUGAUUUUUUACUGUCUGGGCUACAGGCAAGCCUGAGGGAUCAUACCCGUCCCCCACCCUGGACUCAUCCCUCUGCAUGCUGACCACAGGUAGCAGGGGCCACCUGGGAACUGAUGGAGCCUUCCGAAGUUGUGCUUAAGCUAGGAGGUCUAGAAGUGUUAGGGGGUCCCCAGGCCUUCAGAAAGGAGCUCUCUGGAGGCCCCUGGGCCCUGUAGCUGGCUGGUUCUCUGUGGGGGCUGACUGGCUUGAGAGAUGUCCUGCCACACCAGGACCUAUGCAAUCUCUUUGACAAUUGGGGGGGAGAUGAGGCAGUCCAGGAUACUGGCACAAGGUGGUCUCCCCGCUUAAACAAGGAUGAGCAACCCAAUCACAAGAGUCUGGAAUACUGUACCUGUGGGAUCACCUUCCUCUCUGCAGGCAGGAACAGGGCUGCCUCCUGGCCUCGUAAGGCCCCUGCUCCUGUCUAGGAUGGGCUGAGGACUAUGUGUCUAAGAGGAGCAGAGAGCAGAGGGAGUGCCCAAAUCCAGGCGCCAGGACCAUGUCAGGAAGGAGGACAGAAAUUCGAUUGCCUUCAACUGGGUCUCCUUCUCUACGCCAUGUCCUUUUAAAAUGUUAGCAUGCAAAGAGUGUUUUCUUUUAGCCUGUAUUGUACUUGUAUGUUUGCAUUUAUCACAUAUAAAAGCUUUAAAACAGUUUAUUGAGUGCAAUGGAGAAAAUUCUAACCCAAGUAUCCAGAAAAGUGUAAGAAACAUCCACCUGAGCUAAAUAAAGAUACUAUCCAGAA